AUGUCCAUUGUGGUAGCAUUGGAUUUAGCAGGUACAAGUGGGGGAAUGAUGCAAGGACUGCAGCUAGUGUUCGCAAGUUCAGUUCAGUCCGGUUUUUUGCCCCCAAAACGCGCAACCGUGGACCGCAACCGGUCUAGGACCGACCCGGAUAUUGAGGGAACCGAACCGAACCACCUAGGACCAGUCUUUUGCGGUCUAUGGAGCCGGUUCAGACCGAUCCAGACCGGUUUUUUUGCGUAUAAUUUAUUAUACCAAUAUAAACCAUUUGUAUCUCAACUAUUAUUACUCUGA